UAUAAUGAUGGAUCCUCAUUCGUAUGUCUGAGUUAUUCGACAUUCUCCUGCAAACGCACUCCUUCCGAGUGCAAAGCCAAGAUUGAUGAGCUCUCAAGAAACCCAUGGUCGAGUAAAGAACUUGAUCAGGUCCGAAGGUCAGGGGACCUCAUUUGCUGUAACCCUUAUCAAGCCUCACUUCGGUUCCAGAGACCAAUCUGUGUUCUUCAAAGGAAAUACAAGUUGUUGGCUCAAGCUAGACGGAAGCCUCUGCUUCAUUUACAACAUACACCCAUGGAGCAACGACAGGUCAAUAAGAUGUGUCCUGGGAGGGAUGUUGAGAAGAUGGCUCUGAGUGAUGUGGAUAAUUUACUAUUAUCCGGCUUAGAGAAGGAGAGAAAGAAACUUAGGGAGCUACUCGGUCUACGAGGUUGCAUAGCAAUUGUGGGUCCUGAGCAGUCUGGGAAGAAGGUUCUUCUCCGAUCUGUGUGUGAGGUAUUAAAUAUCCAGAUAAAUGUUGUUCCUCACAAGAAUCAUGAACCUCAAGACUCCUACUUGGUUCAUCAUGCUUUUUCACAAAAAAGCAUGAACUCGCUUCUCUUUUUUGAUGAUGAAACGCUCUGUAAAUGGGGUGCUGCCCUUGUUGAUUUUCUUUCUUACCCUCGGAGUAAGAAGGAUAUAUUUGUCGUGCUUUGUUUAAGUAGGCCGUAUGUGCUUGACAAGAUGGUUAUAAGAUUAUUUGGGCAGAGAUUGAUACUCGUGAAUCCACCUGCUGCUUUGAUAAGGACGUUAAUUUU